AUGGCUCCCAAGCGGUGGAUCAGCGUCCUCGUGCCCGCCAGUACGCUGGUGCUAUGCGCUCUGCUAGCCGCCGGCGCGGCCGCCGGCGCCAGUGAUAGCACAGACCUAGCGACCCAGUUCGUCGCGGACCUGAUCGCCAAUGUCACCGGGCUCAUGCAGCAGCAGCAGGCCGAAGUGGAAAGCUCUCGUUCGUGCAGCAACGACGACCCGCUAGUCGUUGACCUGGGCUACGCCAAGUACCGCGGCUACCACAAUGCGACGACGGGGUUGAACUACUGGAAAGGGAUCCCCUUCGCCGCCCCUCCCACUGGCAACCUAAGAUGGCAGCCCCCCCAGAUGCUGCCGCCCAACCCCGAUGCGCCGAUCGUCAACGCCAGUGCGUUCGGCCCCGUCUGUCCCCAGUCGCCGCCCUCAUCGGCAGGUCCGGUCGGCUUCAUUCCCGGCGAUGAGGACUGCCUGUAUCUGAACGUCUACGCGCCACCGCAGGCCGUCGAGCUGCCCGUGCUGGUCUGGAUUCACGGGGGCGGCUACGGCCUGGGCGACGGCAGGCAGGACAUGGCCGACUUCAUCAACGCCAACAACCAGAGCUUCCUCGUCGUCGCGAUCCAGUACCGCCUCGGCGCGUUCGGCUGGCUGUCGUCUGCCGAGGUCAAGAAGCGCGGCGUCGUCAAUGCCGGCAUGCUGGACCAGGUCUUCGCGCUCGCCUGGGUGAAGACGCACGUGCGCCGGUUUGGCGGCGAUCCGGACCGGGUCACCAUCUCGGGCGAGUCUGGCGGCGCCGGCUCCGUCAUGUACCACGGCAUCGCCCUCGAGGGCACUCUGGGCGACCUGCUGUUCCGCCAGGGCAUCGCCGCGUCGCCCUACCUGCCGUUCCAGUACGACUACGACGACGCGUUGCCGACGAAGCGGUACUACACCUUCGCCAAGUUCGCCGGCUGCCCUGGUAGUGGCGACGUCUUUGACUGCCUCGUCGGCAAGGACACGCUCACUCUGCAAGUGGCGAGCGCCAACGUCACGCAGACGGCCGUGCAUGGCUACUGGGGCUUCUGGCCCGUCACGGACGGCAGCUACAUCGUGAACCGCCCCAGCCAGCAGCUACUGACCGGGCGGGUCAACGGGCGGCGCGUGCUAGUGGGCCACAACGCCAACGAGGGCAGCUUCUUCGUGCCGCGCAACAUCACCACCGAGGCCGACCUCGUCAACUGGCUGUCGGGCUCCGAGUUCCCCAACCUGUCGCCGGCGCAGAUCGACGCCAUCCUGGCGGCCAACCCCAACUCGGCGCCGACGGACCCGGCGGGCCCGCAUUUCGCGACCGACGGCCGUGGCACCGCCGCCGCCGGCGACACCGUGGUGCAGGUCGCGCCGGACGCCAACGGCCAGCUGCAGCGCGCCAGCAACAUCUACGCCGAGGCGCUGUUUGUCAACCUCAACGAAACCGGCGGGACGCCAUACACGACGCAGCUGUACUGGGGCCCCACCGUGACGCAGAUGGCGGAGCCCGGGCUGCGCAAUGCGUUCGGCCUCGGCUCGGGCGUGACGUGGGAGGGCGGGAGGAAGGCGCGGUGCGAUGUGUAUCUGUCGCUGGCGGACAGCAUUCCGCUGUGA